GGGCAGGCUUGACGGCUGCUGGGUUUCUCUCUCUCCCCUCCCCUUUCAGCCCCCCCGUGGCUGGUUGUCAGGGCGCCUCGCUUUACGGCCCGGCGGCGAUGGCGGAGGGAGAACGGGCGGAGAACGGCAACGGGGGCGGAGGAGGAGGCAACGCCGGGCGGCCGCCGCAGGAAGGGGAGCCGGGGGCGCUGGAGCGAGCCGAAGCCCUCAAGACGCAGGCGAACGAUUACUUCAAAGCGAAGGACUAUGAGAACGCCGUCAAAUAUUACACCGAGGCCAUUGAGCUCAACCCCACCAAUGCCAUCUACUAUGCCAACCGCAGCUUGGCCUACCUGCGGACGGAGUGCUAUGGCUACGCCCUGGCCGACGCCACCAAGUCCAUCGACCUGGACAAGAAAUACAUCAAGGGCUACUACCGCCGAGCGACCAGCAACAUGGCCUUGGGGAAGUUCAAGGCAGCUUUACGGGAUUACGAGACGGUGGUCAAGGUGAAGCCGAACGAUAAAGAUGCCAAGAUGAAGUAUCAGGAAUGCAACAAGAUUGUGAAGCAGAAAGCCUUCGAGCGCGCCAUCGCCAGCGACGAGCACAAGCGGUCGGUGGUCGACUCCCUGGACAUUGAGAAUAUGACCAUCGAAGACGAGUACAGCGGGCCGAAACUGGAGAACGGGAAGGUGACCUUGGACUUCAUGAAGGAACUGAUGCAGUGGUACAAGGAGCAGAAGAAGCUGCACCGGAAGUGUGCAUAUCAGAUUUUGGUACAGGUGAAAGAGGUGCUAUCGAAACUCCCUACCCUUGUAGAAACCACGUUAAAAGAGACGGAUAAAAUUACCAUCUGUGGAGACACCCACGGACAAUACUAUGACCUCCUGAAUAUAUUUGAGCUGAACGGGCUGCCCUCCGAAGAUAAUCCAUACCUGUUCAACGGGGAUUUUGUGGACCGCGGUUCCUUCUCGGUGGAGGUGAUACUCACCCUCUUCGGUUUCAAGCUGCUAUAUCCCGACCAUUUCCACUUACUCCGAGGGAAUCACGAAACGGACAACAUGAACCAGAUCUACGGGUUCGAAGGCGAGGUCAAAGCCAAGUACACAGCUCAGAUGUUUGAGCUCUUCAGCGAAGUCUUCGAGUGGUUGCCCCUGGUGCAGUGCAUCAAUGGGAAAGUGUUGAUAAUGCAUGGUGGACUCUUCAGUGAAGAUGGUGUCAUGUUAGACGAUAUCAGGAAGAUUGAGAGGAAUCGCCAACCUCCCGACUCAGGUCCCAUGUGUGACCUGUUGUGGUCAGAUCCCCAACCCCAGAACGGCCGGUCGGUCAGUAAGCGAGGCGUGAGCUGCCAGUUCGGUCCCGACGUCACGAAGGGUUUCCUGGAAAGCAACCACCUAGACUACAUCAUUCGAAGCCACGAGGUGAAGCCGGAAGGAUACGAGGUGGCUCACGACGGGAAGUGCGUCACCGUUUUCUCGGCCCCCAACUACUGUGACCAGAUGGGCAACAAGGGAGCCUACAUCCACUUGCAAGGCUCGGACCUCCAGCCGGAGUUCCACCAGUUCACAGCAGUGCCUCAUCCAAACAUUAAGCCCAUGGUUUACGCCAACUCGCUGCUGCAGCUGGGGAUGCUAUAAGCCGCCUUCGGCCUCUGCUGACCGCCUCCCCCGCCCCUCCCAAGACCACCUGGAGGUCCACUCACCGGGCAGCGGCCGCGAUUUCAGAGUUUUCUUAUUUUUUUAUUUUCCUUUUUUUUUUAUCGUUUCUCCCAACAUCAGCCUUCACCACGGAGCAGGACUGUGCCGCGGCCAGGCGCGGAGGGGUGGGGCAGCCAAGGGACGGGCGGCCACGCCGAAAAAUCUUCUGUGGCAGGGUUGAGGGGAGGCGAGUCCCUUUUCUCAAAGAGCCAGGUAAAGGACCCCAGGUGGCCUUUUCCUUGCACUCGCUCACCUGGAGUGCUUCACCUGUGGCGGGGGCGGGGGGCGGGGGAACAGCGGUCGGAGCGUUUAAGAAACAAAACGUUU